UUUCACUGACGCGCUCCGCUUGGAACAAUAAAUAGAGCGAACAAGGCUCCUUCCAGUUCACAACUCUGGGAAGACGCAUGAAGAACUUCUUGCUUCAACAGUGAUUGAACGGAACUCUUCUGCCCGCCUCCCGCGCAAUAUAACAUUCCGGAUUGAUAACGUAAUAAUUACGUGAACUGUUUUAGUAAAAUAAUCUAAGAAUCUCUAUAUUUGUACCGUUAAUUUUGAUAUAAAAUGAAAAUGGAGUCUCAGGUCCGCCAGAACUAUCACCACGAUUGCGACGUUGCAAUCAACCGGAUGAUCAACAUGGAGAUGUUUGCCUCUUAUACUUACACUUCAAUGGCUUUCUAUUUCUCCCGUGACGAUGUGGCUCUGCCUGGCUUCGCGCUUUUCUUCAAGGAGAACAGCGACGAGGAGCGGGAGCACGCCGACAAGCUACUCUCCUUCCAGAACAAGAGAGGUGGACGCAUUUUACUCCAGGACAUCAAGGUGAGCACCUGAGCGUCGAAAAACACAUUG